AUGGAAAAAAAUCCCAACAGUUACAUUAAUGUUGAAUUUGAUCAAAAAAGUGGGAGUUUCGUUCGGUAUUUCAUAUCGUUUUGUGCUUGUAUGGAUGGGUUUAAUUAUUGUUGGCCUCUGCUCUUUCUAGACGGAACAUUCCUGGAAGGAAAAUUUAAAGGUAAUUUGCUCGCCGCUACCGCUAAAGACGGUAACCAAGGAUUGUUUCCAGUUGCGUUCGCUAUUGUUGAUUCGGAAAAUUCAGCUAAUUGGGAAUGGUUUCUUCGGAAUUUGAAAGAAGUUGUUGGUGAUGGUCGGACGUUGACAUUUAUAUCUGACCGCCACGUUGGACUGCUGCAAUCUAUGCCAAACAUAUUCCCGUCCGCACACCAUGGAUAUUGUUUGUUUCAUCUCCAAAUGAAUUUACGAGACCACAUGAAGUACGUUAGCGCAUCGCACAAGGUUGGUUUGAUGCGCAAGUUACGUGAUUGUGCUUACGCACCUACCGUCGCUUGUUUCAAUGAGAAAUUGGAAGCAUUGAAGAAGUCCAGCACUGUUGUGAUUGAGAAUUUUUUGAAAGACUUACAUCCUAAACAUUGGGCUAACACGUAUUUCAGAGGUCAACGCUACGGAGAGAUGUGUUCGAACGCUGCCGAAUUUUUCAACAAUUGGGUACGCGAUGCUCAUCAACUUCCUAUUACUAAGCUGGUUGAUAUGAUAAGGGGACAAAUCAUGGAGCCAAUGGCGGAAUGCAGAGUUAAAUGCACCAAAUGGCCCGACGUGAUAUGUUUGAAAAUGGAAAAAAAACUAACCAUGGCGUACAAUGACAGUAGAUCUUGGUGUGUUAGUCAAGCUAAUGACAAUGUAUAUGAGGUCCACUCUCAUCCUUCAAUUUUGGUGGACGUGGCCAGGCGGGUGUGUUCUUGUUUUCAGUGGCAAAUAAACGGGUUUCCAUGUUCCCAUGCCGUUGUUGCGUUUCGUGAUAGUGGAAGGGACAUUCAUGAGUCGAUAGACCAUGCAUUCCACAUUGACACAUUCAAAGAAACGUACAACGGAACAAUAUAUCCUAUUCCAACUAUGGGGAAGCCAUCUUCCACACCAACAGAUUACAUGAUUAUGCCACCAGCAGUGAAGCGCCCACCAGGUAGGCCCAAGCGAAAAAGGAUUCCAUCGAGAGGCGAAGUAGUACAGCACAUCAGGAGUGGUCGAUGUAGAAAGUUGGGCAAUAACAAUAGGAAGACAUGUAAAGAGCCAAUAUAG